AUGACGACACUCGGACCGUCUCUGUGUCUCGGGACCUUUGGAUAUCUCGAGAUUACUGUUUGGCAAUAUCUAAUAAUAUCUGUUAUGAGAGGAGCCGGCCAGAACCAGUCUAUUUGGAGAUGGCUCCUGGAGAACGGAGCUGACCCCCAUUUUAUGGUUUCUGGUCCGGACGAAGAAUGGCGUAUUGGGCAUUUAGUGCAUGUGACUCUGGUCCUCGGUAGAGAAAGACGUCGUCUGGAAAACAUUCAUCUACUGCAUUGCUUUCAUGGUCACCCGACAUCAAAAAAAUACCCUAAUCCGGACGAUACCGGCAUCCGGAUGACGUUAGUCGAUAUAAUCAGAGAGAAGCAAUUCGAGGACGAGGAAGAAUUGGUCGAGUUGGUCGAGAGGAAAAUGCUGCUUUUCGGAGACGAGCCAGAGAAGGCCGAGCCUAGCGGAAGAAUCUCAGAAGGGGACGUCGAUGAAGAAGCAGGUGGCACAACGCUUACGAGCAAGGCUGAAAUAGCGGUGUACACUCCGCAUGACCAAGUCUUGCCUGGAUCCGAAGGGAAUGGGAUGAUGUUGUCUGCGUAUACCCUGGGGCUUUUAUCCGCGGUGAUUGUGGCAUACCUGAUUCCGCACUUUGCUUUCAAUGUCACGUCCUCGUGA